AGUUGGUCAUCAGUUUAUGGUAAGAUGAAACUUCUGCUCGCCCUUAGCGUCCUCCUUAUUAUUUCGUUUGGUCUUGUCAAUGCCUAUAAUGGUGAUGGACAACCAGGCUGCAAGACCCAAGAUGAGUUAGACAUAGCAGUUUUCCGGAACAAUUGGGAUUCUACAUCGUACUGGAAGUGUGAAACUCUUAACAAACCAGCUAUUGAAAUAAAGUGCCCCGACGAGAUGGGAUUCAUGGAUAGUCUUAAAAACUGUGUUAGCUGGGAUGAAUGGGAGUGGGAGAAACCUGUGGCCCCUAUCAGCGAAGCGGAUCAAUGACCAAACGUAUAAAGCAAGAUAUUUAUAACAGCAGAAUAUGAUUAUUUAUGUUGUUGAAUUAAGAAUAAAAAAUUUCGUUGGAAGUGA